CUUCUUUUGGACCCAUCCACAUUCCCGCGUAGUGCUCUUCAUCUUCUCAAUCUCUUGAACCUUAGCAUUUAUCUAUUUUCCAACAAUGUCAAAUCUGUCAGCUCAGUACCCUCAACGCCGCCUGCGCCACUGCUUUACCAAGUAAUGACUCAUAACUCGUGCCUAUGAAGCAGUCUUCCCGUCCAUGGCCUCCAGCAGCGAACGUCAACGACGAACGCUUAUGAUGGAGUCCCAUUACGUUCACUACGGAGCUGGAGCUAACCUGGUGUCCUGUGCCAUUGUAAAAAUCGCUGCGGUAUUAUCACCCAGUGUCGUCGGCAUCAGCACCCUCUACCGUGCAAGCACCCACAUCGGUGCCCGGAUCUAUAUUUUCUUUGGUGCACACGCUGCAACUGCAGCUAUAUUUUAUACAUAUCGAAUUCGAAAGAUGUCCGGCACGUUGACUGCUGUCUGAAGACGGUGCCUGAGUGCAGCCUAUCAAAUAAAUAGGUGAAGUUGGCAUCGGUAUGGGUUCGCGCUUGGGAGAUCACUCGAAGAGGGGCGGUGAGAAGAUGUGAGGGGGGCAUAG